AUGAGUGUUUCAAUUGGAGGUUGGUUCGCAGUUGGGCUGCUAGUAUUCAUAGGUGUAGUUGCCAUCCUUGGCAACCUCCUCCUAAGCGGUCUUGUCAUUUCCAAACGAGAACUGCGGGACAACAUUAACUAUUUCGUCCUCAGCCUUGCCGCUGUUGAUCUCUUAACCGCCCUGUUAAUCAUGCCGUUACAGAGCUACCACAGCGCCGUAGAGGUGACCAUUACGGACGCGCUUUGCGUCACCAUCAACGUACUUGCCGUCAUGGCGGCUCUCGCGUCCGUAGUUAGUCUUCUCUUCGUGACCGUGGAUCGCUAUCUAGCCAUAAGUCGGCCGUUGCGUUACGUCAUGCUGGUGACGGGGCGUCGUGUUUUGUCAGCUAUAGCAUGUGUGUGGCUGUAUGCAGCCGGUGUGAGCUUACUCAUAAUCAUCCCAGAUGAAGUGGGCGUCGAACCGCCAAUAGGCACAAUGAACAUGACGUCACCAUGUAACAUGGCGUCCCUAGUCGGUGUACCCUACGGCUAUUUCCUGCUGUGCAAUUUCUUCAUACCGAUUCCGGCCAUGCUGUUUAUGUACGCGCACAUCUUCCUCAUAGCGAGACGUCACGCCAAGGCCAUACACGAUGUUCGGAGGGCAAGCUGUAUGAACCCUGACCUCCCGCAACCCAGCCUGAUGAAACAGGAAGUGCGCAUCGCGGCUGUGCUCUUCGUCAUCACAGCCUACUCGCUCAUCUCUUGGAUGGCCACCAUUGCCAUUCUAUCAGUUCUACGUUACUCCCCUGAAUACGAGUUCGAAUUAACAAUCACGUACAAAAUUGUCUUCUACGCAAACGCGGCUAUUAACCCUUUCCUCUACAUAUUCCAUCAUAAGAAACUGAGAACGUACUUCGUGUCGAUGGUGCGGAGGAAACUGUCUCGAGUUCAUCCACCGGGUACUGUGGCGCCCUCACCGGCGAUAUCUGUUGUCUCUUUGGAGAUACCACGCCCGAGAACGAACUCUUUAUUUGGAGCGUGCAGCAACAAGUCAUCCGUUAACCACCACCACGCUGAUACCAUAACAUGA